AUGAAAGCCAAGUUUCUCGAAGAAAAAGACACUUUCGAAACCGCAGAGGAGUUUCUUGAUGCUUGCGAUCUUGCAGCUAUUAAUCUUGGAUUCCAAGAUUACGUUAAGGACAGUUCACCACUUGGACCUAAUGGGUUGACCCCUUACGACCAAUUAGCCUUUGUUUUUGGUAUCAAAAUUAAGAGGAAUGCAAACAUCUCUGAAGAAGCACGCAAGAGAUUGACAUUGACCAACUUGAAGAACUGCCCUUUUAUGAUUCGUGAUAAUGUCGUAUUUGACGCCUAA